UCUUGUCCAUGCGCUCAUCCUGUCCAGGAAGGAGCUCGGGGAAGCAAGUUCACUCACUCGCUUUGGAUGCAGCUUUUACGCACAACAUUUGAGCGAUUCCAUUCGGUGACAUGCUUGCGAUGGCGUGUUGGAGAUGCUUCCAAAUGAUGAGCCGCCGGCUGUGACACGUGUCAACUUGUUUGACAACCUUGCGUCUUUGGCAACUGAACGACAGAGAGAGAAAAAGACGCUCGCUCUUCGCGUGCACGACUGGAUUUUUUUAUUUUUAUUUUUCCGUCCCGUCCAAGAAGAGAGUUUGUGAUGCAUGUGUGAACGUUUCCCCCCCCAUCCGAAUUGCUGUCGUUCGGAACAACGGGGAUUUUCAAUGGAUUUUAUAUGCGGGGCCCGCUAGGAUGGACGUGGUAGACGAAACUGAAGCUUUACAGAGAUUUUUUGAAGGCCAUGAUAUUACCAGUAGUCUGGAUACAGCCAACAUCGACACCAGUAUCCUGGAAGAGUACAUCAGCAAGGAGGACGAUAGCACUGACAUCUGUUUCUCAGAGGUCCACAGCACCCCGGGACCUAAUUACUCAUCCCCCCAGGCGGGAGUGUCCACCUCCGGGGGGUUGGUGUGCGGCGUGAGCCCUCCGAUUCCCCUCCGCCAGGGAGCGCCUCCCCCCGGGCCCCCCAACUGUCCCAACCCGUACCCGGCGGCGGGUCCUUCUCUGAGCCUGCGGCACAGCUACCCCUGCCUGGGUCAGCAUCAGCAGCACCAGCAGCAGCACCAGCAGCACCAGCAGCACCAGCAGCAGGCACACAUCAAACCCGAGCACAGAGCUCACUACGCCCCUGGAACUCUUCCCGAGUCCCCGCCAGACUCAAGCUCAGAGCCGUACUCACCUCAGCAGGUGAAUGAUCCGCACAUGAUUAGGACCAUGACGCCGGAAAACAUGUGUCACAUGACUCCCACGCCGCCCCUCCCGCCUCACGGCCACUAUGCCGCCAUGCACCGGGACAUGUACUUGAAGCCAGAGCCCAUCAUAUCCCAGUAUCCCAUGGGCCCAGCCACCAGUGCCGGUGGAGACAUGCAGCAGACGCAGAUGCUUCACCAGCUACUGCAGCAUCCGCAGGGGCAGGAUGGAAUUCCUGUUCAUCAGACAAAAAAGAGGAAGCAUUCGGACUCUCCCAACAGCACUCUCAAUUCCCAAAUCCUCACAGGUAUCAUCAAACAAGAACCAGGUUUGAUGCAGGAGGCCGACAACGGAUACAUGGACCCAAACUAUCAGUGCAUCAAGUGGCAACCUCACCAGCAGAACAAGUGGACGCCGCUUUACGAUGCAAACUGCAAAGAGCUCCCGAUGCCAAGCUACCGAGUAGACGCCGACAAAGGCUUCAACUUCUCCUUGUCCGACGAUGCUUUUGUGUGCCAGAAGAAGAAUCACUUCCAGGUGACGGUGUACGUCGGGAUGCUGGGCGAUCCCAAGUACGUGAAGACAAGCGAAGGAUUUCAGCCCAUCGACUGUUUCUAUCUCAAACUCAACGGAGUGAAAGUGGAGGCCAUGAAUCAGUCCAUCAGCGUGGAGCAGUCGCAGUCGGAUCGAAGCAAGAGGCCUUUCAAGCCGGUUUUGGUCACCUUGCCCCCAGAGCAAGUGACAAAAGUGACAGUCGGCCGGCUCCACUUCAGCGAGACCACAGCGAAUAACAUGAGAAAGAAAGGCAAACCAAAUCCAGACCAGAGGUACUUUAUGCUGGUGGUGGCCCUGCACGCUCAGUCCCACAGUCAGACAUACACUGUGGCUGCUCAUGUGUCUGAGAGGAUCAUCGUCAGGGCGUCCAACCCGGGCCAGUUUGAAAGCGACUCGGACGUGCUGUGGCAGCGAGGCCAAUUACCCGACUCGGUCUACCAUCACGGGAGAGUCGGCGUCAACACCGACCGGCCCGACGAGGCUCUUGUCGUCCACGGUAAUGUCAAGGUCAUGGGCUCCCUGGUGCAUCCGUCCGACAUCCGAGCCAAAGAGAACGUACAAGAGGUGGACACCACAGACAAUUUGAAACGGAUUUCUCAGAUGAGGCUGGUCCAUUAUCAAUACAAGCCCGAGUUUGCCGCCACCGUCGGCAUAGAGAGCACCGCAGAGACCGGCGUGAUUGCGCAAGAGGUUCAACAGAUUUUACCCGAGGCAGUCAAGGAAGGGGGCGAUGUUGUGUGCGCCAAUGGGGAAACUAUUCCCAACCUUUUAGUUGUCAACAAGGAUCGCAUCUUCAUGGAAAACGUGGGCGCGGUAAAAGAGCUGUGCAAGCUGACAGACAACCUGGAGACUCGAAUCGACGAGUUGGAGCGCUGGAGCCGCAAACUGGCCAAGCUGCGACGUCUCGACAGUAUGAAGAGCACCGUGAGCGGCGGCACGGUCAGCCAAUCGGGAAGCUAUUUUAGCAGGACAGGAAGUGGCCCCCUUAAGAAGAAGACGGUCAAACCUGGGAGCAAGAGCCCACUUCCAGAUCAAGGCUGUAUCAGUCAGAGGUUCAUGCAGGGGAGCAUCCUGGCUCUCGUCAUUGUCAUGGCCUUCAGUGUCCUAUCCAUGUCCAUCCUUUAUGUACUGACUCUUCAUCACAGAGGAGACGUCGGUAACAAAGACGGCGACGGGUCAAGAGCCGCACUGGGGUCUUCACUCAAGAGUCCAUUUGUUCCGCUUUCCACGACAUCGACACCAGCUUGCUGUCCAACCACAUCUUUGAGCGACCAAUCAUCGACCAUUCUGAUGUUAAAUAACAACCAAUCUGCCGCAGCUCCGGACACCUUGGUUCCCACACCAGGCAGCAUGAAUAAGAAAGCCAAAUCCAGAAUGAUGGACAAGGAUGGACGCAACAGAAACCGUCUGAGUCACACGUCUGCUCCGCUCUACAUGUCCAAGUCCAAAAGGCCUCCUCCGUCGGCAGACUCGGACGGAGCGGGGGCCGCCAACCGUCUGCCCGGUGGACAGCAGCCAACGCCACGAAGACAGCGCAGUGUAUAUUUCAAGGAAGGAAGAUCAACACCUUCGCUGACUGCUCUGCAUAUCGUGGAGACGGAGCAAGAAAUCACAACGCAAUAUUGUAAAACCCCCAAAAGUUGCAGUUACACGAUAUCCCUCCAUGGAAAGAGCAAUUCUUCGCUAUCGCAACUCACUUUGCACAUGAUGUCCCCGGACAGCGUGUGGGUCCAACAAUGUCAAGCCACCAAAGGACGGCUAUGUCCAAAUCACACGGAGACCGAAUUGUACAGUGGACAAAAAACAACAACACGGGGCACUCAUCACUUGUGGCCACUGCCUCUGCUGUCCUUCCGAGACAUCACCUACCAUUUUCGGGUCUCUUCAUCUGAUGGAAUGAGUUGUGGCGCUGAGGGUGAAACGUCCUCCUACUCUGACUACCACAUUGUCGUUGAAAACAAGUGCAUGUGAAGGACGCCUGCCUGGCCACCUGGCCUUAUAAGCCAGCUGCAUCUACCUGCGAGGUUGAUGGGCAUUUUAACGUGCAUUCUUAUAUUUUAUUUUGAAAGAAAAUUAUGUCAAACUAUCUAUCACUGUCGUCUGGCUCGUAUCAACAUCUCUUUUUGCUGUUUGUGUCUGAAAAUGUUUGAGAGCAACUGUGUUGAAAUGCCACCUUGAAACUUGCGAAGUGAAACGAACGAUCACAAAGCCGUCGUCAAUAUACACUGGAUGACACCGUAUACAUUUUGUUGACUUGAUGUACACCUCCAAAUAGAAAUACACUGACGCGUUUAAUGGUUCAGCUCCCUCCGUCUGGCUGCAACCUGCCUUUUACCUCAAAUAGUCCACACUGCUACUUCCUUGGCCUCUUUUGCUACAAUUUGGGAAAGUACGAGGAAAUGUAUCUCUUAAUGGCAAAUGUCGGAAUCCGUCAUGUAUGCAUUAGCACACAAAUUGAAGGAAGCAAGUCAUUUCCUCAGAAUGACACAUUAUAGGACUGGAUGGAUGGAUGGAUGAAUGCUUAGUAACUGGAAAUACACCAGAGAAUAAUAUAUGUCCAACACUGACAAUAUUUCUCAAGAAAACACUGGAAUAUUUUACACUGAAUUACGUGCAUCCAAGUUGCUUUUCCCUCCAAACUCUCAAUGGCCACAGUUUUGUCGGUGAAGCUGCGAGGGAGUUGCGACUAUAACAUCCACUGUUUCAAAUAUCUGCACCAUCUUUUAACAAGUUUAAUACGUGUGAUAUGUUUGGUAGCCUGUAAUGUUUUCCGAUUUAAACAUAUUCUCGUGAUGUGGCCAACUGUUGCGCUUUUGUCUUUCACAUUCAUUGUCCACAUGUAGGUUUUUGACCAAUUCAAUAUCUUACAGGAAAAACAGCCAUGUUGAAAACUCAGAGCAACUCUUUUCCGUUUCUUAUGCACUCUUGCUUAUUUAUAAUGCACCAGCUAGCGUAAAUGAAACCACUGUAGCACUUUUCACACUGUGUGUACAUAUACACUGUAUAUACAUAAUGAAACUGCUCUUGCUCUGUCCAUCUGCUUUCGAUAGUCCAGUAGAAUUGCAUUACACGUAGUACUGUUUGGCAGCAUUGUGUUUAAAAUUGAUACUCUUUUUUUUUUGUGUUAUUGUAUUGUUUUUAAAGUUGUUGUUGUUUUUUGCUGUCGACAGCAUAUUUCCACUUUAGCUAUUAAGAACUGGAAUGGUUACGAAAACAUUCCGACCAUUUCUACAAGUGAAGUCCAAAUACCGUAACACUAACUUGAAUACUUAAAUAUCAUUACAUAUAAUAUUGAGACCACACGGUCAUCACUUUUCCAGAGGUUUUUAUUUCAAGAAGAUGCUGUAAUAUUGUAAAAGCAAAUAAAUAUGAUAUGAUUUGUGGCGCAA